AUGGAUUUUGGAGGAGAAAAACCUCCCUUGAAGAUAUGUUCACUAGGUGUUGUUAAGGUGACCCCUCCUUUCCUUUUCAAGAACCUGACACCAGAUUGUAAACCAGUGGCUAAUAAGUCAAGAUUAUACUCCUUGAGUGACAAGAAGUUCAUUGAAGCCGAGACUGAGCGUUGCAAUAAGAGAGAAGAAGAGAAACCGUACACUGCAUUUGAAGCUGGGGGCAAACUUUAUGAGUUCAGUCGCAUUCCAUUUGGAGUGAAAAAUGGAGUAGCAGCUUUUCAACGUGUGCUUGACGAAAUCCUUAAGAAAGAAAAAAACAAGUGUGACUUCAAAGUCAGAUCCAUUAAAUUACUUGGGUAUUCAGUAACAGAUGGGGAAAUCAAACCCGAUCCGGAACGCUUGCAACCACUGUGGAAUCUUUCACCCCCUAAAGAUGCAGCUUCUCUUUGCAUGACCAUGGGAUUGCUUGCACAUUACUCAAGAUGGAUACCUAAAUUUUCAGAGAAAAUCUGCCCUCUCACACAAGCCAAUGGUUUUCCUUUGUCCACUGAAGCACUGCUAGCUCUCGGGAACUUGAAGAAAGACAUUGCUAGUGCGGUGGUAACGGCCAUUGAUCCCUCCUCUCUUUUCACUGUGGAAACGGACGCCUCUGAUCAUGCGAUAGCAGCUACUCUGACACAGAAUGAUCGCCCAGUGGCUUUCUUUUCCCGCACUCUCACUCGCAGUGAACAAGGACAUUCCUCAGUAGAAAAGGAAGCUUAUGCCAUAGUGGAGGCAUUGAGGAAGUGGAGACACUACUUAAUUGGACACCACUUCAAGCUCAUCACUGACCAACGUAGUGUAAAGUUUAUGUUUGACUCUAAAUCAAACAGUAAAAUAAAGAAUGACAAAAUAACGAGGUGGCGAGUUGAACUCUCAUGUUUUCACUAUGUCAUAGUAUACCAUCCAGGAACAGAAAACAUACCAACUGAUGCUCUCUCCCGCAUCUGUGGUGCCACUACUUCUGAUAAACUCCAAGAACUUCAUGGAAUCCUAUGUCACCCUGGGAUAUCUCGCAUGAUGCAUUUUGUCCAGGGGCGGAAUCUACCUUACUCGGUAGAAGAAGUGAGGAAAAUUACCACCUCUUGCCAAGUGUGUUUAGAGCUCAAACCUCAAUUCAUCAAAUCCUCGGGACAACUGAUCAAAGCAACCCAGCCUUUCGAGAGGUUGAACUUAGAUUUCAAAGGCCCAGUUCCCUCUCAAUCUAGAAACAAGUACCUCCUCACUGUUGUGGAUGAAUUUUCAAGGUUCCCGUUUGUUUUCCCUUGUGCAGAUAUGACCACUAGAACUGUCAUCGGUUGUUUGGUGCAACUUUUUGCUUUGUUUGGCAUGCCAGCGUACAUCCACACUGACAGGGGUGCAUGUUUUAUGUCUGAAGAGCUGAAGGAUUUCCUGAUGAAGAAAGGUGUUGCUACCAGUCGCACUACACCUUAUAACCCUAAAGGGAAUGGUCAGGCUGAAAAAUAUAACGGAAUUAUAUGGAAAACUCUGACAUUAGCCCUUAAGACAAGGAACCUUGAUGUGUCUCAGUGGGAAACUGUUCUCCCAGAUGCUCUCCAUUGUAUAUGCUCCUUGUUGUGCACUUCCACGUACUCACGAACUGCUAGUGACAACCGUGAAAGUACAGAUGCUGGGGUUCCUGUAUCUCAGUCCGAGGUUCCUGAGGAAUUGUCAGUUGCAAAUGCUCCUCAGGAGAUUGCACGCGGUCUCUCCCAUGUGGAUAUUGCUUCUCAGCAUGACACUCUUCAGGAAUCCCGUACAGUCCCUCAACAGGUAGCCUCACCUCCUCCACUUCGAAGGUCAGAGAGAGUGAGGCAACCUCCAAAGUACCUUCAGGAUUACUCCAAGUGA